AUGACCAAACCUUGGGACGGCUGCCCGUACUGCAAGGAGCUCUUCGGCCAGGUGUAUCGCGAACAUAUCAAGCUGGCCGAUAUCGUGGCAGCCUCCACAAGCUGCACCCGGUGCUGGGCCUUGGUCGAAAUCCUGCGUCGUGUCACCGACGUCUCCAACACCGUCACCACACUCGUGGGGAGUAUCUGGCAUAACAACACGCUCCAGAUCGGAGUCAUCAGCCCGGGUUACACCUUCGAGACGGGGCCGGGCUAUGAAAUAUACGUAGACGAUGACAGCGCCGAUAACGUCGCGAGGACAGAUCCCGUGCUCGGGAUCCCUAUUAUGCCCAAAGUCAUCCGCGAAAUGCACCACACACCUCGCCCGAUCGAGCAAACUCCCGAGCGUCGUCUCGCCUUAGCCAAGCGGUGGCUGACAGACUGCCUCAACACGCACGAUACGUGUAACGCUGACACUCUCGUCUACAAAUGGCCGUACCGUGUACUGGACAUAUCCGACGAUACCAUCGUCAAACUGGUCCCAAUCACCUCCCCGCCUCCGAACGCCUCCUACGUCGCGCUGAGCUACUGCUGGGGUCCGACUGGGAAUCUGUGCACGUUGAAAGAUAAUCUAAAAAGCCACACCGAGGAGGGGAUCAUCGUCUCUCAGCUGCCGCCGACCAUCCGCGAUGCGAUCUUUGUCACGAAGCACCUUGGCCAGACGUUUCUUUGGGUCGACGCCCUAUGCAUCGUCCAGGACGACGACGCCGACAAAAUGGCGCAGAUCCCACUCAUGGCCGACAUCUAUUCCGGCGCCCUCCUCGUACUCUCCGCCGCGGCGUCGACCACCGUCCUCGACGGCUGUCCGCUCAGCCCGCGUGACAAACAGCCGCUGCCGCCCCAGACCUUCUCCUUGUCAUAUCCGCCCGGCUCGAGCGCUGAUCCGACUGUAGUGACCAUCGUGAUCGAGCAAAUGGAACACGAACGCUGUCGAGCCCUCCCCGGCCACUGGGCACACGAAACCUUCGACCAAGACCCCAUCGAUGUCCUCUCCCCCAUCGAGCGUCGCGCCUGGACAUUCCAGGAGCGCUUCCUCUCCCCACGCACCCUCAUCCUCGGCACGGGCGAGCUCUCCUGGCUGUGCGGCAGCGCCGUGUGCUGCGAAUGCCGCGUCCCCGGGCCCGACGUCCUCAACCACUUCGGCGAGCGCGUGUUCACGCACAAAUACGGCAUCGCUCAUGUCAGCAUGUCCGAGCGGUUCGAGCGGCUGGGGAUGGGCCGGACGUACUCGUACGCGUGGGUGGAGACGGUGAGCAAGUUCGCGGGACGGCGCAUGGGGUACUUCAGCGACCGCGUCGCGGCAGUGGAGGGCGCCGCGCGUGCGUUCCAGAUGCGCUGGCCCGGGGUGUGGAAGGCCGAGGACUAUGUGUUCGGGUGCUGGGUGCCGCUGCUGGGCGACCUGUUGGCGUGGCGCGCGGAGGGCGAGAAGGUCACGGAGAAGGUCGACCGCGGGUUGUUCCCGUCGUGGGCGUGGCCGUCGUGCGGGCGCGGGGUCGACUUCACGAGCUGGAUCUGGUAUGGGGUGGAUCCGAAGCUGUGGGCCGAGGUCGUCGAUCUCCGCGUCGAGAUGAACGAGACUGGUGGGUUUGGCACCGGGAGAGGCACGCUGACGCUUUCUGCCCCAGUCAUCCCUGCACGGGGAGAAGCUUUCAAGUAUUACAACGGCGAGCCGGGGGUCAUGGUGAAGGCCUUGGAUCCUAAGCUGGAUUUCAUAUGGUCCGAGCCUACGCUAGACGACUUGGACGCGCCGGAUGCAUGGAAGGAGGUUACGCAUCUCCUGCUGCUCGCAAGCUACCCUUACCGCGCAUCGGAGAAGUUCCGUCCAUUGUGUUUUGGCCUCCUUUGCCUCGCCCCUUCCUCUUCGGGACGGGAGAACGACUUUCGUCGUGUCGGCAUGAUAAUGACGGGAAGAGUGAAGAAGGAUUUCUUGGCUGCCGACAUGGAUGCACUGUUUUCCCCGCACAACACCACUAUAAACCUCAUCUAA